CUCAAUGUCAAAUAAUAAUAAUAACGACUCUACUAUGAAAACAGCAUUAGUUUUAGGAGCAACAGGCGCGGUUGGUAAGCAAUUACUCAAAGAUCUAUUGAAGAAUGGACCUUAUGCAAAGGUGGUGACAGUAGGAAGACGUAAUGUUGAAUUGGAUAAUACUGUUCCUCAAGAUAAAUUGGUACAAAACACGGUCAAUUUCGAUAACCUUGAAGCUUCUCGUCAAGUGUUUCGGGAUGUAGAUGAUGUCUAUUGUUGUCUUGGUACGACUCGGAAGGAUGCCGGUUCAGCUGAACAGUUUCGAAAGAUAGAUCAAGAUUAUGUUGUAAAUUCUGCAAAGAUGAUCGUUGAGGAAAAUCCAACAAAGACUACUACAACCUUCAAAAGUCCUGUUCACUUUUUAUAUUGCUCAUCAAUGGGGGCCAAUAAGGAUUCAUAUUUAUUGUAUCCUCAAAGCAAAGGUCAAACGGAAGAUCGAAUCAGUCGUGCUGGAUUUGAAAAGGUGUCCAUCUUUAGACCAGGUGCUCUUGAAACGGUAGAACCACGUCCUCAAUAUAGACCUGCAGAAGCUUUUAUUGGUAGUUUCUUCUUCAAAGUCAAUUCUAUGUUGAAUUUACACAUGGGAAUCUCUGUAUUGGAUGUGGGUCGAUCUAUGCGAUUAGCGGCUACUUCACCAUCAUCUGUGCCUGCUAAUGUCAAGUCAACUACGAAAAUUAUCGAUGGAACAAAUGUGAAUAUAUUUACAAACAAGGAUAUGGAUAAUAUGAAAGUUUAGUUAAAUAAACGAAUUUUUUUUUUUUUUUUGGUGAUUUUGGCUUAUAUUGUGGUGAUGAUUCAUUGUGUAACAAUAAAUACUAACCUUAAAACGCUAUUACCAACAAACGAGUUGACAAUGACGACAAGCAUUGGCUCUGUUUAGUUACUCCAAAUCUAGUAUGUGUAACCUUAACUCCUUUGUUUCUCCUUUGUUCCUUGAAAAGUAAAGUUUUUUUUUUUUUUUACAAGGUUAUCUUUUUAUUUGUCCAACUGUAAUAUUUAUUAAACUUUUUAUAUUAUUUGUUUUUUUUUGUCUUUCUUUUUCUCAUCUUUUUUUUUUCUCUUCUCUGAUCAUCACCUUUUUUUUUAUUUUUUUU